AUGGCCGCCCCAACAACAUAUCUCCCACCCCGGCUCAUCGCCCUAGAAGAACACGCCCUGUUCCCCUCCCUCCAACCCAUCAGCGCCUUCUACAACGCCACCAUGAGCGCCGACCCAUCCCCCCCUUCCAAGCUCCAAGACAUAGGCGAUGGCAGAAUCGCCGACAUGGACACCGGGCACAUAACAACUCAAAUCCUCUCCACGAUCCCCGGCAUCGCAUCUACAGACCCGCAAGGCUGCAUCUCCGCCAACGACGCCCUCGCGGCUGCGAUAGCUAAACAUCCCACCCGGUUAGGAGGUUUCGCCGCAUUGCCUAUGGCGCACCCAGACCUCGCAGCGAGCGAGCUCCACCGUGCGGUCAAAGACCUAGGCCUCGUAGGCGCCAUGAUCGACAACCACCUCCCCAACAGGUCCUACUACGACAGUACGACCUACGACCCCGUCUUCGCCAUGGCCGAGAAGUUAGACGUCCCAAUCUACAUCCACCCGGCCCCACCCACCGACUCCCAAAUCCAGUUUUACCAAGGGAACUACCCACCCCAGACAGCCCUCAAACUCGCCGCCUCAGCAUGGGGAUGGCACGCAGAUGUCGGACAACAUCUCAUCCGUCUGUACGUUUCAGGCCUAUUCCUGCGACAUCCGAAUCUCAAGAUUGUGAUUGGUCAUGAUGGCGAGACGUUGCCGAUGAUGAUUGAUCGCGUGGACGAUAGUAAGCUUCGCACGGAUCAGACGUUUCGGGAGGUCUGGGAGAGGAAUUUGUGGGUUACGACGUCGGGGUUCUUUCAUCUUAGGACGUUGGAGAUGUUGAUGAAGGUGACGAAGAUUGAGAGGGUGAUGUUUAGUGUGGAUUAUCCGUUGGUAGAUAUUGCGAAGGGGUGGAGGUUUGUGGAGGAGGUGGCGGGGAGUGGGAUUUUGAGUGAGAGGUAG